AUGGCGAUCAAGCACAACAACCAGAUCGUAAAGAACCAUUUCCGAAAGGAUUGGCAGCGCCGUGUCAGGUGCCACUUCGACCAGCCCGGCAAGAAGGCCACCAGAAGAGACGCCCGCCGUGCCAAGGCUGCUGCCGUCGCUCCUCGCCCUGUCGACCUCCUCAGACCCGUUGUGCGAUGCCCGACCAUUAGAUACAACCGACGAGUCCGUGCCGGCCGUGGCUUCACCCUCGCUGAGCUGAAGGCUGCUGGCAUUCCCCGUCAAUAUGCCCCCACCAUCGGUAUCGCCGUCGAUGGCCGCCGCCAGAACCUGUCCGAGGAGUCCCUCGCCGCCAACGUCGAGCGCCUCAAGGCCUACAAGGCCCGCCUGAUCGUCUUCCCCCGCAAGAGCAACAAGCCCAAGGCCGGCGACAGCUCCAAGGAGGACCGCGCCACCAAGGAGAUCGCCGCCAAGACGGGCGUCGCCCUGCCCAUCGUCCACGCCGACAAGGCCCUCAAGGAGAUCAAGAAGUCCGACCUGCCCGCCCCCGUCGAAGGCGGCGCCUACGUCGCCCUGCGCAAGGCCCGCUCCGACGCCAGAUACCAGGGCGCCCGGGAGAAGCGUGCCAGGGACAAGGCGGAGGCCGAGACGGCCAAGAAAUAA